GAGGUAAAGGAUUCCGGCGUCCUGGACUUACUCAGAGACCCACCUACCAAGGGUGAGGUCUUUGUUGUGAUUAAGGGGGCUUCGCCUGGGGUGUACACGUCAAGGAUGUUGCUGCUCAUUGAAGGGCUUGCCUGGCGCGGUGGCGAAGUUAUGUCAGGCAAUGGGAAGAAGGCAAGGUUUGAGGAUGUUUUCAAGCAG